GCGGCGGCGGUGGCCUGGGAGAAAGAAAUCCGGCGGCAGGGAGAGAAUCCUGCCCGUAGGCACGGGGAAAGCCUAGCUGCCCCGCCUCCCUCCGCCAGAUCUCUUCAGGGAAGGAGCCGCCCGGCACCCGCCCUGCACGGGCCCAGCCGCUUGCAGCGUCUGGGAGCCGGAGAAGCAGCCGACCUGCCGCGAUGGAGGCGGCGGGCACCUGGGCGCUGCUGGUGGUGCUGCUGCUGCUCCUGCUGCUGAGGCUGGCGCUGCCUGGGACCCGGACCCGAGGCCACCUGCCCCCCGGGCCCACGCCGCUGCCGCUGCUGGGGAACCUCCUGCAGCUCCGGCCUGGGGCGCUGUACCCGGGGCUCUUGCGGCUGAGUAAGAAGUACGGACCGGUGUUCACCGUGUACCUGGGACCCUGGCGGCGCGUGGUGGUCCUGGUUGGACGCGAGGCUGUGGAGGAGGCCCUGGGAGGUCAGGCCGAGGAGUUCAGCGGGCGGGGGAUGGUGGCAACGCUGGACGGGACCUUUGAUGGCCAUGGGGUUUUCUUCUCCAAUGGGGAGCACUGGAGGCACCUGAGGAAGUUCACCACAAUGGCCUUGCGGGACCUGGGCAUGGGGAAGCGAGAAGGCGAGGAGCUGAUCCAGGCAGAGGUCCAGUGUCUGGUGGAGGCGCUCCGGGGGACAAAAGGACAGCCGUUUGACCCCUCCCUGCUGCUGGCCCAGGCCACCUCCAACAUCAUCUGCUCCCUCGUCUUUGGCCUCCGCUUCCCCUACGACGAUGAGGCGUUCCAGGCCGUGGUCCGGGCAGCUGGUGGCAUCAUUGUGGGGGUCAGCUCCCCAUGGGCCCAGACCUAUGAGAUGUUCUCCCGGCUCCUGCAGCACCUCCCAGGCCCCUAUACGCAGUUCCUCAGCCAGGUGGGCACCGUGGCUGCCUUCGCCAUCCAGCAGGUGCAGCAGCACCAGGGGAGCGUGGACACCUCAGGCCCCGCGCGAGAUGUCGUGGAUGCCUUCCUGCUGAAGAUGGCAGAGGAAAAGCAAGACCCAAACACAGAAUUCACUGACAAGAACCUGCUGAUGACAGUCAUUUAUCUGCUGUUUGCUGGGACAGUGACAGUCAGCACCACGAUCCGCUACACCCUCCUGCUCCUGCUGAAAUAUCCUCAGGUCCAAGAGCGUGUGCAGGAAGAGCUGACGCGGGAGCUGGGGGCCGGUCAGGCGCCAAGCCUGGGGGACCGAGCCCGCCUCCCGUACACAGAUGCGGUUCUGCACGAGGCACAGCGGCUCCUGGCACUGGUACCCAUGGGGGUGCCCCGAGCCCUCACCAAGACCACCCGCUUCCGGGGGUACACCCUGCCCCAGGGCACGGAAGUCUUCCCCCUCCUUGGCUCCAUCCUGCAUGACCCCAAGGUCUUCGAACAGCCUGAGGAGUUCAACCCAAGCCGAUUCCUGGAUGCCGACGGAAAGUUCAAGAAGCACGAGGCCUUCCUGCCCUUCUCCUUAGGUAAACGCAUCUGCCUCGGGGAGGGCCUGGCUCGGACCGAACUCUUCCUUCUGUUCACAGCCAUCCUGCAGGCCUUCUCACUGGAGAGCCCGUGCCCGCCGGGUGCCCUGAGCCUCCAGCCAGCUGUCAGUGGCCUUUUCAACAUCCCCCAAGCCUUCCAGCUGCAAUUCCGCCCCCACUGACCUGCAUCCCCCCCACCGUGUGGACGGGAUGAAGGAGAGAAUCUUGGGAGGCGGUAGCCUUCACAGGUGCGGUAGACGUGGCUGUGUCUCCUGGGCCAUGCGUCUGCACCACAGGCAGCCACAUGUGCACACCUGUAGCUGUUUUCUAGAGUUGGUCACAUAUACACUGAGCCUACACAUCCACAGGUCAUCAGCCCACACACCCUCGAGGGCCACAGGGCCAUUUGGCCACACAGCUUUCUACGGACAUAAAUUCAGUCCAUCUGGAAUCACACCCACAUGCCCAGAUAACCCGCCAACUGAAUACACAGCACAGCUCCCCUGGACUCACAACCCACACAUGGGGGUUCAGCUGCCGCCCUCACAA